AUGCAACGACCUGGCGCUGGAGGCGGCAUGCCACCACAUCAACCCUACAUGCAACAGCAACAGCAGCAUCAACAGCAAUCGAUGCCUCAGACACCAAUGAAACAACAGAUGCAACAACAACAACAACAACAACAACAACAACAGUUAAUGAAUCAAGGUCAAAUGACGCCACAAAUGCAAAUGCAAAUGGGAUAUCAUCAACAGCAGAUGGGUCAACAGCCCCAACAAAUGCAGAUGAAUCAGCAACACCAACACCAACAACCACAGAUUCAACAGCAACAACAAUAUCGCCCACAAGGGGGAAUGCCAGGACAAGGGUAUCAAGGCCAACAGCAACAGCCACAAACUCCUCAGCGUAGCAAUACUGCGAUGCAGACAUCGCCGACAUCACAGCAAAUGCAAAGACCGAUGCAAGGGCAACCUCAAAUGAUGCAGCAGCAGCAGCAGCAACCAGGUCCAAUGCAGUCGCCAAUGCCCACAAGACAGCAACCGCAACUUCAGACACCAGGUCCAAUGCAACAACCGCAGGGUGCUUCUCCUACUAUGCAAGGGCAAGGUCAGAUGCAAUAUUCACCGCAGCAACAACCAGGUCAAAUGCAACCGCAGCAAAAUAAUGGGCAAUUGGGAGGAAUGAUGGAACAACAAGGUCAAAUACAACAGCAACAACUAGCACAACAGCGGCAACAUCAACAAGAUCCUUCUGAUCCGAAUGAUACUCUUUCAACACAAGGAGGAGGAAGUGCAGAAGAAAAGAGUGGCUUCUCCAAAUUGAAAACCUUGUUUCAACCCGAUAGUAAAGGUCCCAAACUUGGUUUCCAACCGACAGCUUCCAUGGCCCGAAAGCAUGAAGAUGCCUUUGUUUCCGGCAAACGGCCCCUCUUUCAAUUUCAAGUCACCAAAUUGAGGAGUUGGAGGACGGGUUAUGUUCGACUCUUGUGUCUGUACGACGAUCAUUUUGCAACAUUUGAUCCCGACACGCAUCAAAUUACCAACACUUGGAAUUACGAUACCUUGACCAAUUACAUGGCCAUUGAAAAAGAUCAACUAUUAUUGCAAGUCAAUAAUUCAGACAAGCUCAAGUUUCAAUGUCACAAUGUGGAACGGUCCAUGGUCCUGACAGCCUUGUUGCAGUGUUUUGAAGCUGCCAUUCGAUCAGCAACAAAUGCGCCCAAGCCACAAGUUCCAAUCAUUUUGUGUCAGCGGUAUACCCGACAUGGAACCGUGGUUCCAUCGGCCUUGCAAGUCAACUCGUAUGCUUUGGUGGAAGUUCAUCCACAAUCUCAAAAGACCUUGCAGACCUAUCAGUUUGUCGACAUUUUGUGCAUUUCCUUUACGUCAGAUGAUCCAUCGGGGUUGGUCUUGUACCUCACGACAAAAAAGAUGCGACUCUUUUCCAUUACUUCAAGGUCAAGAGCUGACGUUGUCAAUGUCAUGAAGCAAAGUUACAACCGUAUCGGAUUGGAAUUGCGCAUGACGGAUUCUUGCACCAUUCCCAGCUGGAAGGAAAAGAAGCGAGACUUUCAAAAGCAAGCGGAAUCUGCGAUUGCGACCGAGUGGAAGGUCACCAAGGCAUCAAAACGGCAUGAUGCAGCUGUGGUGGGGAAUAGCGGCGGUUGGCCAGGAGGAGUGCUCAAUCGGAAAUUGUGCAUCACUGGAAGGGGAAUGGUUCUGGAAAAGGAUGCAGCGGGAAUGAUCGUAUCCUCUCGAGCCUUGUCGGAACUAUAUGCUCUCGUCCGACCAUCCGAGGCUGGAGAUACCUUGGUUUUGGAAUAUGCGGAUGGUCAAUCGCGGACCUAUUCGUCCCAACAACGAGAUUCGCUAUUGGUGUCCUUAAUUGAUGCGGCGGCUACCUUGGGCAAGAACCCGCAAGUCCACAUAUCGGAUGUUCCAUGUGGUGGGUAUUGUCUUGCCAGUUUUGCCAGCAAUGCACAGCCAGAAAAGAGUGGAGGUUUGUUUCAACCCAUUUCUAUUCCUCUGCAUUGUUUGAAGAGAGUGAAUUCAGUGUCGACGGCUGCCUUUUCCUAUGUCAAUACACAUACAGAAUCCUCCACCCAAGAAGGUGCCCCCAUGAAUCCUAUUGAAGAGUGCCGGAAUGUCAUGGAGGUUUGUCGAGAAUUCAAUGCCAGCGUCUUGCCCACGGCCGAUGGAUUACCCGGAAGUGAAAAGGACAAGCAUGUCUUGGGAUCGAUUGGAGCACUUUGGGGAUUGGCUGCCGAUUUGUUGGAAAUGACGAAGGAUCGUCAUUUGGCCGAAUUGACGGCCGGACCCAUGUUCCAGACCUUGCACCGAUUGUCCAAAACGCCAGCUGGGUACAAGAGUUCGAUCGAGUUGGCCACCUUUUUGGAUUGUUUGCCACUGCUUUGGACGAUAGACGAUCCCUUUUGCAAGUUUUGGGCAUUUCGGACCGUUUCAGUUCUGUUGUCAGCAAUUCCAGGAAACAAGCCUCGAGAUCGAGAGAUUGAAUAUGUUAACAAGUCAGUGAUUUUCAAAACUGGAGGAAUUCAAUUGGUCAAGGGACUAGUGACAUCGCUACUGAGUACCGAUACCUCGGAUUUAAUUCGAAUGGUAAUGAGUGACAUCCUGCAAAGUGUUCUUUGUUCUGGCGCAGAUACGACUAGCUCUGAAGUCUUCUCCGGCUUCAUUCAAGCGCUUGGUGAGAACUAUCAAGCUCUUUUGGGAACCUUGUAUCAACAGACACCCUUUGUCAUUGAGAACUCGGCGCUGCUACUACAUCUAUUGUCGACACAUGCUCCAGAAGUGUCUGUUCACAUUCGAGAGUCUGCCUUGUCCACUGCGAUUCUACUUCACCACUUUCAUGCCGCCAUUUUCAGUCCGUUGGAAGGAAAACGUUUUCUGUCGCGAUUUCUGUGUAGCCUCUGGUUGUCUGGCCCUGUGGACUGUCCCGAAAAGAAAUUGCUGAAACGCAUCGUCCCCAGCGGAUUUUUGGGAUACCUCAAGAUGCCUCCUCUAAGCCGUGCCGAGGAAGAGCAAUUGGAUCAGCUUGAGAGAGACGCAGUGGAAGAGAACAUUCCCGAAAGCAAUAGCAAAGAGCCAACGCCAGAAGCAGUUGCCAACACUGCCAUGCCCUCUGGGGCUGCAGGUACCAAUACUUCAAGAUUGCGAUCCAGAAUUGCGCUUGCUCGUGGGACAGCCAGGAACCAAGAAGUAACCGAAAAGAAACAUGAGAACUUUCGUAUCUUUUUUCAUGUAUUGACGCAAAAUCAUGCUCUACCAGAUUUGAUUUGGAAUCAACAAACUCGGCGAGAGCUGCGGAUUGGUUUGGAGAGUGAAAUUCAAUACAUUCAACGGGAGACCGAAGCUCGUGGUAUGCACAAAAUUGCUUGGAACCACCAACAAUUUGGAAUUGACUAUCCUUCAUUGAAAAAUGAGUUAUGUGUUGGAAAUAUCUACAUGCGUCUAUGGUUACAAGCAGGAGAAGCCUUCAUCAAAACAUGGGAUGAGCCGGUUUGCCUUUUUGAAUUGCUAUUCCGCCGUUUCCUUUGCGAGAUGGAUCGAGAUUCCAAAGUGACAAUCAUGUGCAUCCGUUGCCUAGAGAGACUGUAUUCCAUCCACGGGAAGACUAUUGGAGCCUUCCCAGACGUCAUGAUCUUGAUCAGGUCAAUGGUGUCCACUAGGAGCAUCGAAACGCAGCAUAGGUUGCUUGGACUUCUUGCGACUAUCCUCGGGGUUCAGAAAAAUGAAAACGGUGACGAGAACCGCGCAAACAUCCCCGAAAACGCGGAGCAACUACUAAAUUCCGAAAGCAUUCAGCAACUCUGUCAUUUUGUUGCAUGGGGACAUACGAAUGGCGUGCAAGUGGCGAACCUGAUGGCCCGGGUCCUUGGAAGCGAUCGGACUCACUCUGGCCUCGCAAUGAUCACGGAUGGCGGUGCAAUGCGACCGGAAGGAGAUGGAAGGAGCACAGUCGACAGCGAUACUACACUCCCCGAUGCCCAUUGCCCUCCUCUUUGGUACAUUUCAUCGUCAAGUCUUGUACCUCCUCCGGCACAAAGUAUUCGCGGUCCUUUUCGAAUUUCAGAGCUGAAGAGAAUGAUGGAUAGCGGCGAUCUGUCAGCCUUCACAUUGGUGACGUCGACUCAGGUCGAAAGCUAUGACGGUGAUGAAGAAGACGGAGACGAGCCUGGUGUCAAGGAAUCUCAUAUUGAUACUGGAAAGUGGAACCGAUUGGAUCAAGUCUGGCAGCUUCGAUGGCAGCUUUGCACCGAUGGUGACGGCAGUGGGAUCUAUUCCGCAGCUGAGGUUUCCAUUCGAGCUAUUCGUUCAUUGACGCGACUCGUAGAUUUACACAAGAGCUUGGACUCACAAGGACUUCCCUACUAUCCCAUUCCGAUUGCGAAACGAAUCAUGUGUGGUCUCGCUAGAGAACAUUCAUCCAAUGCUGGUGGCCAAGUCAAUUUGGAUUCGUUUUUGUCGAUCAUUACUCAGUCCAUUUUGUGUAAUGAUGCUACAGUUGUUGAAAAUGCUUCAGAGUUGUUACUGAAGCUCACACAGCACAACGAAGAAGCAACAGCAAAGUUUUACUUGACUGGUGUGUUCUUCUUUGCAGCUUGCUACACUGGAAGCAACUUCAGGCCUAUUGCAAACUUAUUGCACUCUACUCACUUGCAUCAGAACUUCCGCUCUGGCUUUGCUGCAGCUGCAGACACAAGCGAGCUAUCAUUGAAGGAAAGAAGCAUUCUAGGCAGUAUGCUGCCCGAGGGUGUUCUCUUUAUGCUGUACAAUUAUGGAGCAGACCGUUUCACAGAUGUCUUCGUUGGCAACCUUGAUACGCCUGAGGUUAUCUGGAAUUUUGACAUGCGAAAGCAUUUGAUUGAAAUGAUUCUUCAGCAUCUUGGGGAUUUUCCAAAGCGUCUCUGGCAGAACACAACCACAAAAUAUGAGUAUUGUCCGAUGCCUGGUGUCGCGUAUAAACGCCUUGAAAAAGAGAUCUUUUGCCACAACUACUAUCUCAGAAACUUAUGUGACGAGGUUCGAUUCCCAGACUGGCCGAUCGCUGAGCCCGUUGAAGUUUUCAGAGCAUGUUUGGAAGAGUUUAAAGUCCAGAUGAAUCGAGAUGAGACCAAAAAGGAGGAGGCGCUGGAACAAGCAACUGCAGUAUUGAAUCUCAAGAGUGGGGACGGCAGUAAAGAGCUUCGCAAGGCUUACCGCUUGUUGGCGCGAAAAUAUCACCCUGACAAGAAUCCAGCAGGCAGAGAAAUGUUCGAGGCAAUCCAAGGGGCAUAUGAGCUUCUUUUACCGUACAUUGAGAGUGGCCAGAAGAUCCAAGGGACAAAUGAGGAAAGAGCUAGGACAGGCACUGCUGGUGCCGAGUCGGCAAAUGUUGCAGAAGGUUUUGUUGGCGGUUCUGAUCAAAUGGAAUCGAUGCAACUUCUCAUCCGAACUCAGUCACUUGUCUGCCGGCGUUUCGAAGAGCAGAUGGGGCAAUACAAGUAUCCAGCGUACAAGAUACUUAUGACAUGUCUUCAGUUGCCACAGUCAUGCGAAGAAGCUCGAAGCAGUGGCGACUCAGAUUCAAUACUUGGCUCGUGUCUGAUGAAGGCAAAGAGAGCCGAAUUUGUUCGAGACGCAGUUGAGUUGCUCUUCCGAACCUGCCUUGUUUCGCCAUUGAACGCCGAAGAGUUGGUGGCAGAAUCAGGAGUUGAGGUGCUUGAAUCAUUGCUUGACUUUUAUGUCCAAGCAUCCCGAUGCGCCGACAGUCGAAACGCUGUUGGUGCAACGGACGCAUCAAAUCAAGUUAUUGUUGAAAUCUUAUCGAACGUCGUGCACACUCUGUCUGGAGUUGCAUAUUACGAGAGUGGUCGGUCUGCAAUCGCCUCAUUGCAAAGCUCUUCUCGCUUCUGUAUCAAUUGGAGGCGUUGCUUGGAUGGAAAGUCGCUGGGAUCAAAAGUUCUGCAAGUUGGAGAUUCCCUUAUUCGAAAAUAUGCUCUGGAGGGACUUGCAAACAUGGCACGGAGCGUGGAUUUGCAGAACGUUCUGAUCGGUGCUGGAAUUGUUUGGCCGGUUGGUCGAUAUUUACUCGGCUAUGACCCCACCCUAGAUGAGAACGCCAUGGCUAGAGAGAUUGCGGAUGAUGAUAUUGGUAUUUCACAAGCAGCCAGUAAUUCUCAUGCGAGACUCGCUGUCAGGGCCCUUGGGAUGCUGUGUGGAGUCUUGCAAGACAAAGCGUUCGAAUCACCAAAGAAUGUUGAAUUACAUCGCGCACUAAAUUCGAUGCUUACGGGUCCAAUUGCGUCACUACUUCGGUACAAAAGGACGGGCAACAUCCUUACAAUUUUGAAUUCAAAUGUUGAAACUCCAACGCGGAUAUGGAAUGUUCAGAUGCGAAACGAUCUGCUAAAGUUCCUCGGAGACAUGGAAACCAAGCAUCCUGAUGGGAAAAUGAUGCCCCCUGCUGAAUCACUUCAAGGUGUCAACAGUUUUUGCCAUAGAGUCCUCAAAGAUGAGCUCCGCAUUGGUGGUGUUUACAUUCGUGUUUUUAACCAAAAAGGGUUGGAACAGGGAGUGCUGCGGGACAUUAAUAACCCUGGGUUAUUUGCUCGUCGGCUCACGCACUUCAUCGCUCGGUGCCUCAACGAAAGCGAUCGGUUUCCUGAAGGUUGGGUUAAAUUGCAGAUUCUGAACGACGAUCCGGAUUUGGAUGAAUCGGAAUUGGAUGAUACCAAGCUUGAGUUUGUGCAAAUAUAUGAUCGAAGAUUUGUUGCGACAGUGGCAGCGCUUCGAAUUCUAGUGAGAGUUGACGGACUAGUUGACGAUGUCCUUUGUGAUGCUACUACAAACCUGGCGUCUGUUGUGCUAUCCUUAUUGGAGUUGCCCCAAGACACGGAGGUAUUUGAAACUGGCUGUGACAUCUUGUCAAUACUCAGUCCCAAGCAGCAAUUUGCGGAUGCAAUUGCAGCUCAAGGCGCGCUUUGGAGACUAUUGUGGGUACUGGAGAGAAGCGAUGCUACCGAAAAUGGUGGUGCGAAUACAUCUGAGCACAUUGACGUGCUUCGCAAGCAGCGAGGAUGGGCACUGCUUGAGGCGUUGUCGUCUUCGCCAUCUGUCGCAUUUAAGGUUGUAGAGUCCACAGCCUGGCUAGAGUUGUUGGGAAUUCUUGUUGGCUAUGGUGGUUUCACCAAGGCAUGGACAGCUCGUACUGGCAGUGCAAAAACACUGUCGCGACUUCUAUGGGAUCCGACGACAGGCCCGAAACUAGCGCCACUUUUGCAACGUUUCCUACCGUUGACACUUGUUGUUAUCUUGAAGGAGGAGGGCCCUGAUACGAUGCUGAACUUGUUUGAUGGAGAAAGUGAUACCCCGGAAUUGAUAUGGGAUGGAUCGAUGCGCACAGAAUUAAGACGAGUUUUGGCAGAGCAGCUCGAUCCAUGCUUGAGCAAACGACAAGCUAGUGGUGUCGGCGAUGAUCAAUUCGCGCUGGGGCCUGAAAUACUUGUGAAAUACAAGAAUCUUGAUGGCGAACUCUUCAUUGGCGGGGUUUAUGUUUCUCGUUUCCUGAAGGAGCCAACAUACAAUGUGCGCGAUCCUAGUGCAUUCCUCGAGAUGCUGCUCCAACGCUGGUCUCAUGAGCUGAACCUCGUCACCGAUAAUACUGCAGGUCCAGAGACUGCUGCUACGGCUGUGCUGACAGUCGGCGGAAACGGUACUUUGCAAUCUGUGACAGAUGCCAGUGUUUACCUCUGUAAAGUGAGAGUAAACUUGUGCGAUAAGCUUUCUCAGUGGGGUUACAUGGGACGCUCUUUGAGUUUUCUGGAUCAAGUUCUGAUGCAAGAACUGUACGGAACACCUCUUCUCAGUGUGAUGCGGCUUCUCCACGUUUCGGUAAGCAGACGCAAGAAUGUGGAAGCUCUGAUUAUUUCUGGCCAGAACGAUGCGACGAAUGGAAUUGUAGCAUUCACAAAGCUGGCCAUCAGUAGCAAUCGUCUCCACCCAGACAGCGCCUUCAUGAUCGACAUGCUGAAAAGGCUGUUCCUUGAUGCUCUGGGAGACAUAAAGAACUCUAAUGGCUUGCAGACGAGUGCAUUGGUGGGUGCAGGCAAUAUGCCAAUGGGUGCUUCGCAAAUUUACAUGGCACCAUCACCAGCACCCGGAGAGGGUCCUGUUCAACGAAACCGAGUAACCACAGGGAAUCCCUUGGAUGAUCCUCUUGCGUUUGCAAUGGCUCCAGCGGCGCCUCCACCACCGCCUCCACCAAAUAUGAGCAUGCCUCAAUCAUCCUUUCAAGUGGGUAACCAGAUGGGUACUCAAGGAAGACAAUACCAAACGCAAAACAUGAGCAGCCAAUUUUCUUAUCCAUCAUCCGGUGGAAUGGGAGUGCAUGGAAACAUGACAACUGGAUCUCGUUUCCAGCAAACGCCACAUGCAAUGGGAAACCAAGCCGCACCACCAGCGCACACUUCUAAUUCUGGGUUUCUAUCGAGUUCUUCGAGCGCAAUGUCACAUUCAUAUAAUCAGCAGAGUUCCUACAUGGGAGGAAAUGGCUACCAGCAAACCCAAGCUUCCUCGACGCCAAGGUUUCAGCAACCCUAUGUCAAUCCACUUCAAAACUUGCAAUACGCGGCACCCGAGCCUGCUACUCCGAUGAGGCAAUCAGCUCCUUCAAGUCAAUUCAACCAAGGACAAAACAUGAAUAUCAACUCUAGACAAUCAAACUUUCAACAGCAAUGGUCGCAUCAGGCUUCACAACAGCAAGCACCAAAACCGCAGACGCAGCCGCACCAAACGCAAGUGCAGACCAAUGACUACAAUUCGAGACAAACUUCCUAUAACCAUCAAGUCGGCAACACUCAGACUUCGUCAAUGUCCCAAUCGGUGUAUGAGCAACCCUCCGGUACAAACACAGUGCCAGCACAGAUGCCUUCUUCAAUUUCAGGCUACAAUGCAUCGUAUGGCUUCUCUAAUACGAAUAGUCCCCAGACGUACCAACAAAACCAACCAAAUAUCGGUACACAGUCACAAAUGAGUGCUACAGCUUCACACUCUCAGAAUUUGAAUAAUUUUGCCCAGUUACCACCACAAAUGGCUACCAACCAAAAUCAAGGACAGCCACCGCAAACGAUGACGAAUGGUGCGCCUCAAAAUAUGUCACAGGCGAUGUCUCCGCAAGACAAUUCAACCAACUUCCAACAAGGAUACAUGGGAGGGCAAGUUGUUCCCCAGCACGAUGGUCCUGAUACUCAGGGUGGACCACAAGGAUCCAUGCCGCAACCACCUCAAACAGAAGGCGCUGGAAUUGACGCACGAACCGAAGUGGACCCGAAGGAAGUUGCUGAACAAAAGACGCAGACCGAAGCAGGCGCUCCUGGGGCAGCAGAUGGGCGUCUUCCUCUCCUACAAUCGGCUUUGACUUGCGAGUUGCCAAGAUUUCUAGUAGAGGGAGUGCUGGAGAAUGCCGCACUAUCCUCCAUUAAGGAUCCGGCAGCUGGUAAGGUUCAUACAGUGGAACUAUUGAAGCUUCUCACGCAAGACCCAGGGUAUGGUUUGAAGUUUCAAAUGAUCUUGGAUGAAAUCCCAGCAUGGAAGAAAUACAAGAAGCAAGAUCACUCUCUAUUCAUAACAAACACGGAGAAACCAAUGGUGGACUACUUCUUGACGGAUGGUUCCAAUGGACCAACCAAGCUUUUGAAAGAUAGUUGA